AUGGCACCAUUUGAGGCCCUAUACGGGGAACGGUGUAGGUCCCCACUAUGUUGGGAUGAGGAAGGAGAGAGAGAAUUAGUAGGACCCAAGUUGGUUCGACUCACCAAUGAGACUGUCCAGAAAAUUCGAGCGAGGAUGCGUACCGCUCAAAGUAGACAGAAAAGCUACGCCGAUGUAAGGCGUAAAAGCCUGGAGUUUGAGGUGGGGGACCCAGUAUUCCUCAAGGUGGCACCUAUGAAAGGUGUGUUAAGAUUCGGACAUAAGGGCAAGUUAAGUCCUAAAUUCAUUGGAUCAUUUGAGAUCCUAGAGCGUGUUGGUCUGGUAGCGUAUAAGUUAGCCUUACCUCCAGCCCUCUCAGGAGUACAUGAUGUAUUUCAUGUGUCGAUGCUGAGGAAGUACAUUACGGAUCCUAUCCACGUAAUAGACUACGAACCACUCCAACUCAAUGAAGAUAUGAGCUACGAGGAAAAACCAGUAAGAAUCUUAGCUAGAGAAGUAAAAACCUUACGCAACAGGAGCAUUGCAUUCGUUAAG